AUGCCGCCUUCAGGAACCCCUCCACAAUCCAAUGAGGGACAAAUCAGCACAAGGAACCAAGAGCCAUAUUACAGCAAUGAAGACUGUGGAACAGAUGUCGCGAUCCUACAUGAUAUUGUCGCCCUUGCGCAAGAAUUGCUGCCGAGACUCCCUGAGCGCGAACGACUACCCACCAACGCGUUGUUUAAUGCCUACUAUGAUAUUCUGCCUAGACUCGGACUCAAUGCCGACCAUGAUAGCCGAUAUGCGCGAGUUUUGUUCAAGAUCGGAGGCCUGCGGGCUGAGGGGACGCUCUAUGAGAGAUUUGAACAAGUCCUGGCACGAAUGGGAAUUGAGAUCGAGUUUGCGAACGAAGACGAGGAAGAAUAUAACCAAAUUGAGGACUCCCAAGCCGAUAUCGAGAAUGCGACUGUGGAAACAACGCCUCCCGAGGACGAAAAUGCUGGAUCCAAACCUACCCCUAGGCGCAAUUCCGAGAGCUCAUUCUGGGACCAAGGAACUGAGGCUACUCCAGCGGCUCCACAAAGGCGAAACUCCUUCUCAUCGGCUGCCCAAGUUGCGCACCAGCCUGGUCGACCACAAUUUUUACAGGAGAUCCAGCCUAUACAAUCACCCGCCCCUAACCCACCCCCUAACCACGAGUUCAAGGAGAAUCCACAGGACAGCGUUGGAGCCUGGCUAAAUUCACAUCAGGAGAGACCUAGGAGGAGACGGGGAGCAUCCGUAUCAACACAUUCCAGCUUACGGAUCCACCGCCAACCACCAUCUCUUGUCAGUAGACGGUAUGGACAUGGUUUUAACCCUUCAAACCCCCCAUCGGAUCAUUAUGAAGCCAGCGAGGACACAGCAGUUACGUCGGCUCUUGAUUAUGAUACCGCCUCCUCAGAGUCUCUCCAAGGACAUCCAAACCAAUCACAAGAACCUUAUGACUUAAUGCUGAUCAAUGCGGCAUUAUUUUCUCGAGAUCACCUGAAUUCCGUAGCUAGACGUCUGCUGCCGGUUUGGCGAGAGAAGGCUUUCCAGCUACGAGAACAUCACCGAGAACUGGAGAAGAGAGCCGUGAAGCAUGACACGAAUGUCCUACUUUCUAUCUCCUUAGCUAGCUGGCAGAAGUUAUGGCUCGAACAUCGCCAGGCUAGAGACAAGAAAAAGUUUUAUCUGUAUCUUGAAUGGCGUGCAACCAAGGAUAGAGACAACCACCUCAUGGCCAACUGCUUGCAACGUUGGUCAGACGCUACUCAUCAUCAAGUCAAUCGGACAGCGUGGGCUCGACAACAUAUUCUCAGGACCCGAGUCUUCAAUGCUUGGGCCGAAAUCACCGUCACGAAUGACUUCAAGGUUCGCAGACGAGUCCUAGGCAAAUUCUUUGCUGUCUGGAGACAACGAUAUGCUAGUGUAUCUUCUAGUAAUAAUUACGCCUUGCAGAGAUACGAAGAUAAUUUGGUGGAGAAGACCUACUGGCGAUGGAUCGACAGAAGAUUGGACGCGAAAGCGACAGCUUGGUGGGCAGAGGGAGUCAAGCGCCGAUCCUUGUUCAAUGUGGUUGCUGCUUACCACAAUAGCUGGGAAAAGCAUCGAACUGCUGAUGAAGCUAGGCAAUAUCGACUUGCUUGGAACGCCGGGCGCAUGUGGAAGGAAAGGAUGAAAGAGCGAGCUAGACAAAAGGAGCAAGCGACUGAACUUUACCAGACCAAUAUCUGCCGCAAAGCUUUCCAAAAAUUGCAUUGGGAAGCACGAGUUAUUCCUGCGAGAAACGUUGUACAAUCCGAUGUAAAGCAUCGUAUACUUCGAAAGACUUUCGACCUUUGGUCACAUCGCACUCAACAGGAAAAGCACGCAGCUGAAGUGGACCGCGUGAAGAUAUUACGAGAAGCUGUGAAUACCUGGCGCUACAAGUUACGUUCUCAGCGACUUCAUGCCAUGGUGAAUUCGCGGAUUAAGGCUCAAGCUUUAAGAAGCAUGCAAGAGGCUUACAGUCUUGUAUUGGCAGAGAGGAUAGAUAGAGAAGCAUGGCUUCGUGAUAUCAUGCGAACCUGGAGUGAAAAAACAAGAGCUUUAAAAGAAGAUAGGUUGCAUAUGGAGAAUAUUGCUCAGUCAUUCCUAACUCGGAAGUCGCAAAGGUCUCUCAUGGGUCAUUGGGUAGAAAAGACGCGGAUUCAAAGGGAAAAAGAAAGCACUGCUCUUACGAUUUACCAACCACGUCUUCUACAGAAGUUAGUAUCGCAGUGGUCACAACGCCGCCAUCAGCUUCAAAAGCUUGAAGAAAGGUCUAGCGAUGCACAGUUCUAUUUCCUGACUACGAAAUCUCUCAAACGAUGGAAAACGUUUACGGACGCGUCCAAGCGUGAGAAGCGGAAGGUGGCAUACACUCAGGUGCGACGAACGCUGAAGAUAAACUUGGCGACUGGUGUACUGGAGAAUUGGCGCCGGCGAGCACAUGAUAUCCUUGAUCUACAAGGUCAAGCAGAAACAGUUCGUCAGAAUAAAGUUGUGGUUUUAGGAAUGGACAUCUUCGAUCGAUGGCGUGCUCAAGCAGCGGAGCUUGCAGAGCUUGAGUCAUUGUGGCGUGAGAAGCGUACGAGAAAGCACUUCUCCGUCUGGAGAGAGCGUUCACGUGCCUACCAAGCCCUGGAAACCGAAGCAGUUCUGACAUAUCAGGAUAAUGAAAAGAGUCGAAAAUUCAAGAAAUGGAACCUGGUAGUCCUUCGAAUCAAUGCGCAGACAAAUUAUUCCUACGACAUUCGGGAGAAGAACUCCAAGAGGACUUUUCGAAAGAUGCUUACCUACUGGCGCCAAAAAGCAGCUCUGAGGCGGCCGCCAAAGAUCCCAGAGCCGGAAGAACCUCCGGACGGGCACGGGGCUACAGCGAGAGCAGAGGCAUGGUCUGAAUACGGAGAUGGUGCUGAAAACGAAGGAUUCGGAAGCGAGGCUGUACCAUCAACUCCCAUUCCGGGAUAUUUGAGUACACCUUCUAAGAGGAGUGAAAGAGUGAUAGCGGUAGCUGCAAGGUUCUCAACGACCCCGAAAGCACCUCUCUCUACCCCGUUUGAACGACAGCUGAGAGCACAAUACUCUGGAGGGCAAUUGCAUUCCUUCAGGAAAGGGACUGCGAAAUCUACAUUGGGCAUGGGUAGAGGGUUUGACGAUAUUGAAGAGAAACGUCACGAAUAA